AUGUUGACGUCUGUUGCUGGAUCAAUGGCAUACAUGGCUCCCGAAGUUUUAAUGAAAAAGGGAUAUUUGAGUUCAGUUGAUUGGUGGUCUCUCAGAGUUGUUAUGUACGAGUUACUUUUUAGCAAGCAACCAUUCAAAGGAAAGACGAACGUAAACCUUACACAAGCAAUACUUCAUGAACCUCUACAUUUUCCCGAAGGAUUAGGCAAUUGA